AUAUAUAUAUAUAUACCCCUCUCUCACUCCAACCACAGCAUUUUCACCACCACCAAUAACAAGAAAAUCAAUAUAAUAAAUUUUCUUCUCUGUUUCUUUUUUUUUUUUCUCUUCCGACGACGUUAAUAACUAAUCCGUCGUGACUAAUUCUUUCGAUCUUGAAGAUGAAGCAGCUGAUCCGCCGGCUCUCGCGCGUGGCCGACUCCUCCAACUACACGCUCCUCCGCGCGGACUCCGCCGCCUCCCAGCGCUGCCACCACCGCCGCCGCCGUGCGGAGUCCUUUCGCCUCGCCGCUGCGGCGAAGAUCCGCCGCUCCUCCGCGGUGGUGCCGGAGGGGCACGUGCCGAUCUACGUCGGCGACGAGAUGGAGCGCUUCGUCGUGUGCGCCGAGCUCCUCAACCACCCCGUCUUCGUGAAGCUCCUCAACGAAUCGGCGCAGGAAUACGGCUACGAACAGAAAGGAGUUCUCCGGCUGCCGUGCCGCGUCUUCGUCUUCGAGCGUGUUCUCGACGCGCUCCGUCUUGGACUCGACGCGCGUGACGUGGCGGAGCUCGUAAAUUUCUCGCCGGAAGAGUUCUCCUGAGAAACAAAGAAAAAGAAGCAAAAAAGCAAAAAACACAAAAAAACAAAAUACGAAGAUCGUUGAUUAGUGAGAACUUUUGCUGGUUUUGGUGCUCUGUAAAUAUACUACAUUAGGAUCUUGAUAGAAAAAAAAAAUGAGGCACAUAAAUGUUAGGGUUUGCAAUUUCUUUUUGUUUGGGGUUCUUUUUUCUGAUUGAUUGUUGUAGUUGUAGUUCGAUGCUCUCUCGUUGUAAAGGUAAAGAUAUUUUUCACUUUGUUGUUGCAGAAUGAGAAUCUCUUUUGAAUUUUCCAUUCA